GUCUCGUGGUGAUUAGUCAGGGCGCUUCCAGAGCUGGAUUUAUGGCACGCAGCUGUUGAGUGGCUGACAGACGCGUGAGGAGCUCAAGCACUGCUGCUUCUCAAGCUGCUCGUACCAGCUCGAGCUCUGCUUAGUGUCUCGUAGGAAAGAGGACUGUGCCUCAACACACAACGCCAGCAGAUGGUGCGGGAGCAGUAUGUCACCACCACCCAGGGCAGCAGCACGCCCAGGCCGGUGCCCGACCACGUCUACAAGAUCGGCAUCUAUGGCUGGAGGAAGCGCUGCCUCUACCUGUUUGUCCUGCUGCUCAUCAUCAUCCUGGUGGUCAACUUCGCCCUCACCAUCUGGAUCCUCAGGGUGAUGUGGUUCAACACGGAUGGGAUGGGACUCCUGCAAGUGCACUCAGAUGGGGUCAAGCUGGAGGAGGGCGAGUCUGAGUUCCUCUUCCCCGUCUACGCUGAGGAGAUCCACUCCAGAGACGACUCUUCACUUCUCGUGCACUCAACGGAGGACGUUUCGCUUAAUGCCCGUAAUGAAAACGGUAACGUCACAGGGAGGAUGUCUGUCGGUCCAAAAGAGGCUCAGGGACACACUCAAAAUCUGCUCAUUAGCUCCCACAAUGACAACAUGCUGUUCACUGCAGAUGGCGACCAGGCUGUGAUUGGACCAGACAAGCUACGAAUCACAGGUCCUGAAGGAGCGCUGUUCCAGCAUUCAGUGGAAGUGCCUCUGCUGAGAUCUGAACUCUUCAAAGAUCUGAGGUUGGAGUCUCCUACUCGCUCUCUCAGUAUGGACGCACCCAAAGGAGUUCAUAUUAAAGCGCUGGCUGGAAACAUCGAUGCUGCUUCCAACAUGGAUGUUAUUCUGCAGUCGAGUAUAGGACUGCUGGUGCUGGAUGCUGAGACGGUGCGCAUGCCGAGCCUGCCACUGAGUGAAGGAGGGGUUUCUGGAAAUGCUCAGGGUCUCUAUGAAGUCUGCGUCUGUCCCAGCGGCAAGCUCUUCCUGUCCAAGGCUGGGGUCACCUCCACAUGCAGUGAGAAUCAGGAGUGCUAGAGAGACUCUGACAAGGUAAUCGAUUUUCCAUCUCUCAGUUGUUGUAACUUCUGGGAGGCAACAAGCACAACUGUUUAUAUCUGAGUUUUUUUAUUUUUAUCUUUAUACCACAGUGGAUCUGUGAUGAUCUCAGUGCUAAGAUCCCACUGGCACAUCGAGGCCUGAAAAUAUACAAAUGCCUGCUGGCGUACAUGUUGGAGAUGUCAUGCAUUCUUUUAGUUGCAUUUAUGACCUUCUAACUAUUCAGAUGAAACAAAUUGGCACUCAGUUCCAAAUUUAUCUACAUCAGAGCUUCGUGGAGAAUUUUUUUUACACACACAGUAUCAUGGCUGGGCAAUGAGGAGCUGGAAACAGCUUACAUCCUAUGCAAUAUUAUCUUGUGGUGCAAUAAAUGAAAGUGACACGUGUCAAGGGCUUGGAAUGAUAAAAAGAAGAAAUCUCUCAAAUGCUGACAGAAUGUUAUUAAAAUAUGUAUUUUGGUUUACUUACACCCUUCUGGCUCCAAGCCCUUGGUACGUAGUUUUUUCUUUUUUCUUUUGUUUGUUUUUUGGUGUUCAGCAUGUUUGUAUUUAACUGAAGGAAAAAUGAGAGAAUUGCUGGUAUAUAUUUUGUCACCGUCAGUCACUUCAGAGAUUCACUGAUGGAUUUUUGUCUCUUUCUUUCUUAACUGAAAUUCAGAUGUAACUCUAGGCAACCGAUUUGUUUCUUGUUUUGUUUUGACUACUUUAUGGGGUUGAGAUUACAUACAAUGUCCUUAUGGUACCACAAAGUGUUAGUGGUGUGGCAACACAUGUGUAAUUAUGUUUUUUUUUUUCCAGUUUGUAAGAUUAUGUAUGUUUGGCCUGUGUUAUUUUGAAGCCCUGCAUAAGCAUGUAAUUAUGCAUUAGCAAAAAGAUAUUUUUCUUGCAAGAAAGCUGCUCUGUUUAUUCAAUAUCCAUUUAAAGCCGAGGGUUUAUGAUUAACAAAGCAUUACGUUUGAGCACAGCAACAGCAAACAAAAGCCAAACAGGUCUAAUGAAGGUACUUUAGUUGUCAGUAGUUUAGGAUUCUAUGUGGCACAAUAAUGGGAUUAUUUUGCCUUUUGCAUCAUAUAUGCCUGGAUUUUCUUUUCUUUUUAUGCAGUAUGCAUGUCAGGUGAUUAACAACAUUUGCCUCUGUUGUAAUGUUUUCAGUUCACUGCAUCAAAAAGGGCAAUAUUUUGUAAUGAUAGUUCCACUGAGUUUAGCAUCAAUUUAUCUCUGACACUAUUUUUUAGCAUAAUUAACAUCUCAUGUGGUUGUGUUGUCAUUGUCAGUGUAGAUAAGUAGUUACUUUUGCAGUUCUCACCUAUGUUCUGCCAUAUUUUGAUAAAGUGUGUAAUGUGUAUUUAUUAAUUUUGUAUGUUAAAUAAACUUUGUGCUAUUCUUCUA